AGGUAGGUACUACCUACCAGCCAGCUAAAGGUACCCAAGUCAGGUACCUAUCUAUACUCCACCGUUACCGGUAUCAGUAUCGGCAGGAGUACCGAGGCAUGUGCCUACCUCGCCGAACCUUGCCAACGCCUCGGAAACCACAAACAUUUCCUUUCCAUCGACUACCUUAUUAAUUCAACGUCUCUGUUUGAUCUUCCAGUCUCGUAGCCAGUCGCGUGACACUAUCAAACAUGAGCGACUCAGAUUCCAAUCCCGCCAUCCCAGCCUGGCAGAAGGUGCAAUCCGAUGAGAUCGAUAGCCAAAACACCGAACCGGCCCCGACACCGUCCGCAAACAGCUCAACAUCAGAGGUUGAUGCGCCAGCAGCAGAACUAACAGCAGAAGGGACAUCACAGCCGGAAAUUGUCACAGACGGUCAAGAAAGACUCGAGGUUGCGAGACGCUUUCUCGAAAAUGACGCUGUGCGACACGCGCCUCAUGAGAAGAAGGUCGAGUUCUUGAAGUCCAAGGGCAUUGACGAAGCCGAAAUACACGCGCUUCUUGGUCAAGACGAGUCCACAACAGAGACAGAGGCGCCAAUCCCAGGAACAACCAGUUCCUAUGCUCCGACACCCACCGAAACUCUCCCUCCAACACCAGCUUCCCAUCCGCCCGUCGACCGACCCCCAGUCGUCACAUACCCUGAAUUCCUUGCAAAGGCACCCCGUCCUCCCCCUCUCGUUACAAAGGAACGUCUUUUCAACGCCCUUUACGCAGUCACUGGCCUUUCCACCCUUAUCUAUGGCACAAGUCGCUACGUUAUUCGACCUAUGGUUGACAGUCAGGCCGAAGCCCGUACAGAUUUCCACGAUCUGACCUCGCGAAAACUCGAUGCCCUCGUCGCAAAGCUUGAAAAGACCGUUUCCGAGGUUCCCCCCAAGAAACCCAUCGCCACAGUCGAGGAGGAGAGCGAUGCCGAAGACCCUACGGAGAUGUUCCAUAGGGACAUGGGCACUCAAACCACAUUCCCCAUAAGCUCUGUGACAGCUAUGACAGACUCCAAGAAUAACGAGUCAGCUGCCAAACAUAACACCAAUCAACUGGGUAGUUUGAACAAGACUCUUUCUGGCCUAAAGGAUGAGUACCGUUCCCAGAGCGAAGGCAUGGAUAAGAUCAAAACUGCUGUUGAUAUGCUAAGGGAUGACCUCGACACAAUGACAUAUACUGCGUAUCCAGACCACAGUACUGGCUAUGACCUGUACGGCCGAUCACGCAAGCCCGAGCCGGAUGACGAAAUCCGCAAGGUGCGGGAUAACAUCCGGCGUGUGAAGGGAGUCUUGCUGAGCACGAGAAACUUCCCCGCCUCGGCAAGAUGAUGUAUUUCUGAAUCCAGGCUAUAAACAUGGCAAUUCAUAAUCUAUGUCGCUCUCGGAAAAGCUUUCAUAUUGUACAUUUAGUCUUUACAGUACGUUAUCGUCAUACAUAAUCAUGCCAAUAUACCCCCUACACAUCCAUCCGUCAUGGUAUCACGUAGGAAUAAACUCCUCCAUGCGGUAUCCCCUAUUUUCUUGCCUCCUGACCUCUCUUCUCUGAGCCCACAUCGGGUCGCUCAGGGACUUCGAUGAGGUGUUUCGAAAAAAACGCUGGCCACGGCAUAACCCUAAUAUGCUCGAAACCACGGCCUUCUUGUACCUGCUCAUCGUACCAGUCCAGAGUUGGUCUGAAGACAAAAUCCAUCGUUCUUCCACGGUACCCCUCACUCCUUUUAUUUUCGCAAUGCAUAAAGAGACGGUUUUUGCAUUUGGUCGGCCGAUCCAUAUUCUUCCCACGAGGAGCAUGGAAGACAAUCUUCAGGUCCUCAUCUGCCGCAUCAUCUGUCCCCGUAGGUCCAUCAACGUUCAUUGCCUGUGGAGAGGAUGACCGUGAUCUGACGGGCGGAUUUCCUGACCUGACCUCCCUCCAUCCCUGAGACCUCAUUGCUGGAUGUCCGGCUGGAAUAGAUACCUUCAGAUUCUUCAUAAGAUGCUGAAGCUGGUGGAUAGUGAUAUCGACAGGGUCGGUCAGCCCCUGUGGAAUCACAUUUGAUCCCUUAAUCCAUACUUUCACUAGCGGCAAUUUGUUGUAAGACUCUUCUGCAAGCCGUAUCAUUUCGCGUUGUGCUUCAAUAAGUUGCCCA